UGAUGAGAAGGUUUAUGAGAACACCUGGAUUGAUUGUUUUUUGCUAUUGUGUUGGUUGGGUUUUUUUUUUAAAUACUAGUACAUGAAUUGAUACACUAUGGGAAGGAGGAGCGAGUCUGGUGUUUUGGUUGGGUGGUUUGUUGUUUGGGGUUUUUUUUGUUUGUUUGUUUGGGGUUUUUUGAGUUGGGAUAUUAAGAUACUUCUUCUGACCAUAAUUGCUAUAACAGCCCUGCUGUUUUAUAAUGAGCAGUGCAUAGUCAGGAAAGAACAAAACAAGUUUAAAGAAAACAAGCAACAAACCACACAUCUGUCAAGCCUGAUGGUAUGCAGCCUCAUAUAGGAGUAUCUUUUCUACAUAUAUGAGAACAGAAGAAGAGAAGGGAAGGAAUGAUUCUUGUAAAAACAGAUUAUAAGGGAUAAAAAGUAAAAAUGGAUGAUCUGAAACUUCAGGUUUGUUAAUCCACAGUUACGUAAAUGAUGGGAUGAGAAGAUAAGUAUCCUGCACCGCAAAUGGCCUCCUGUUUGACCUUUAUUGUUAGCUAGUCUGGAGUCAGUUUUGGUGGAUGAAGGUUGAUGACUCUAAGAUGUUUGACAGAAUCAAAUCAUCUGAUGAAGCUUCUGCUUCUUCAGCACAAGGAGUCAAAAGACAUGGUGUUGAAGGCUCUCUACAACAGGACAGCACUAGCAGUUCACACACAGGAGAGCAAGAACAUACUCAGCCUGGAGUAUCCACUGUGCAAAACAGACAAGGAUACUGCAACUGCUGCCGUGUACACUACAGCAAUCUGGAACAGCAUGUUUUCAGCUCCCAGCACAGACGUUUUGCCACUUGCUGUAGGAAUCGUACGGGUACCAAUAUCUUGGUGAAGCGUUUCCUGGAAGAUGUUUUAUGCUACCAUCCCCACAGAUACCAUGACAACAGACCAACCUAUGAUGACAUGCCACUUCCCAUCACUUCAGAGGCUGCUAGGGUUGCUUGCCUGUCCCCAGAAGAGAUGGAGAGACAGAGAAACAGAGACAGACAGGAGAUUUCCAGCAAAGAUCAGGAGUCCGUUGGAGGACUACGCUCUUCUGCUCCAUGCCUGUCUCAUGAGGGCACAAAGAGAACUUCUGUAACACAAACAUUUACUCAGAAACUAGGAAGAAGGCAGGAACGUGUUACAAAAAUAUCCCAGCAGCCUAUGGGUAUUUGUAGCAAUGAGAAAUGGGAUACCCUGAAAGAUGUUCAAGUUGCAAAUCAUAGCCAUGAAGGCCAGUUUACAGCUGUGAGCAGAUGUGAUAAAACAGGAAUGGAGGUAUGCAAUAGUGAUGUGUUAGUGAAGCGGUGCUUGAAUCCUGCUCCGGCACUGGUUCAUUCAAAACACCCUUCAGUUUCUCAUCAGAACCCUAUGUACAGCCACAGCAAUUCUUUAUGUAUUACCUCAGGUCAAUCUCUCUCAAAACGAGAUGGUUUACAAACUCAGGAUGAGACUUUGGUGUCUGAUUUCCAUCUCAGGGAUACUGUGGGUAUCAGCAGCUCCCUAGAUCUUGGGACAUCCCCACAAUUAGCAGGAUGCAAAACCAUGAAGAUGAACAGAGGUGAUGAAAGUUCAGUGGGUGAAACUACUGAAGAUGUUACUCUGAAAUACUGCUGUGGAACUACAUCUGAAGAAGUUUAUUUCAAAGAGGAGAAUAAUCCCUAUUUAAGUGUUUCAUCACUUCUGGACCAUACUCAGUUAGAAGGUUCUGAAAUGAGUUUUGACUGUGAUGCACCUGUUCAGGCAGGAACAGACUUACCCAAGGCAGCUAUGAAUGAUAUAGAAUUCCUAAAAGAGGUCCAAAUAAAUUUGCAAGAUAAAAACUAUGGAACACAGCUGUCUUCUGUCUUAAAAAGUGAAUCAGUAGAGAAAAUAGAAGCAGUGAAACAGGAUGUCAUAGUUCAUGCUGAAGAACCAGUUCUUCCAGCUCUGCCUCAUGUGCCUCCUUCUUUUGUGGGAAAGACUUGGUCUCAAAUAAUGUAUGAAGAUGAUAUAAAAAUUGAAGAACUAGUGCGUGAUUUCAGGGAAGGUCGUUUUCGCUGCUACUUUGACAGUGAAUCCUCAGCCAACUGUACAGGGAAGACCAUGAAGAAAAAAAAGCAGAAGGAUGAAAAAACCAGUAUUGUUGAGGGUAAUAAAACAGAAGGUGCAUCAGUUAAAGCAUUGCAAGAAUUUAAUGAUGCUUUAAGUGGUGUUUCUGAUUUUGAUAACCCAUCUCUAGCCUCAGAUACACUAUGCAAUCCACAGACUCCUAAAAUGCCGAGGAAGAGGACGUGGCGCCUGGCUUCAAGAUGCCAGGUGGUUAAAGUCAGCCAUGGCACCCAAACAAGUCUAUUGAACUACCCUGUAGCAAAAAGAAAAAUGUCUAUUAGGGAAUCUGAGCCAGCUGAUCAGAAAGCAAGCACCCUGUGGCCAGAGAAUGAAAAAACGCCAAACAUGAAAACUAGACUAUGUGCCCUUAAACUUCCGGAGUCUUAUAGCAAGAUUAUGAGUCCUAUACAGCCCAAGACAGUGGUCUAUGUACUUUCGUGCCCAGAGAUAAAACAGUGUAAAGGUAAACCUGUAGAUAUUCCCCAAAUGAGGAAAACUCGUAACUCCACAGAUAGCAAGGACUCUGUAAGGUAUAAAUACAAACAGUGUUCUUUUAAGUAUUACGACCCACUGACAAAUCGAAUUCUGAAAACACCUCCAAACAGUACAGUUGGAGAAAAGGCCAAAAAGCCCUCCCAUGUUCGACAGCUUUUCAGAAGUCUCAGCUUUGAUGCAAACAUGAAACUAGCUGAUGCACAGAGAGAAAGCACACCAUCAAAGUCACUCAGUAGGUCGGGCUUCUAUAGUUCAUCUUCAGCAUCUUUCCUGCCAGAUCCAGGUAAAGGAAAUGAUGCAGCCUCAAGUCAAAAGUCAGAUGGAUCUUCUCUUUCCACAGAAAGAACAGAUUCUCUGGUAUCUGAUCACUCUGAGAAUUCUCUUAAACACCUGAUUAUUUCACCUUUGAACUCUCACCAGUCUGUGGUCGAAGGAGAUGGUAGGUUAACUCCAUUUAACUGUAGAGUUACCAAAACUCCUUUGACCUCCAUCAGGAGUGAGCGGUUAGGGAGGGAGAAUCCAAAGGCAAUAUGGAAGAGAAAAGAAGGCACUAAUAAAGAACCAGUUUUUUCCAGUAAGGCUGCAGGACCUGUGUCUGUCAGAUGUACUGUUGGGAGGAGAGGAAACAGAGUAACCACAGGCAAACAAACUUCCAGAACUAAAAAACAGCAGAAAGAGGGGAUGAGAAGGAAACUCCAUCUUUGUGCCCAGAAAUCAUCUGCUUUCUCAAUCCAUAGAUGCCAGACAAGGAAAACUACAGUGGGAAAGCACCUUAAGAAAGAAAAGCCUGAUGCUAAAAAAUUAAAGGUGAGGAGGAAACCAAAAAGAACCUUUCUGAACUCAACAGUUGUCACAGGGAUUCCUGAAAAGAGGCAGAAAGUCACAUCAGAAUCUUUUCCCAAGAAGCCAGAGUGAGCUGCUUCCAAAGUCAGGAACUGGGAAGUGGAGAUUGGGGUCACCCUAGCACUGUGAACCAACCCUCUAGAAGAACUUCUGCUGUACCAUUACUUCGAAACUGUCUUGUUCUACCAGGUGAGAGCUAGCUACCGAAAGAACUUUUUUGGUUUUUUACAGCCGGCUUCUGGAAAAAGAUUGAGGAAAAGGAAAGGGAACAAAAGGAGGUCGUAGACGAAGCAGUUUGAAGUGCUAGAGCUGCAGAAAGUGCAAAGCCAGUUUAAUGUGAAACAAGUACAACUGUAAACUCAGCUCUUGUUCCUGGAAUAUGGGGACAUAAUGUAUUGCACUGUUCUACUGUGUAAAGCUGCAGAAGUUGUGCAUUUGUGUUAAAAAGCACUUAGAAUCAAAUUUACUAGACUUCACCUUUACAAC